CAUGUCGCGGCCAAAUAAGCAAGUUAUAAAUUCAAUUAACUUGCCUAAGGUUCGAGUAGAACCAGUAUGUUGUAACUUACAAACGCAUAAAUUUACCAAACAAGAGCAGUACAAUACAAAUAACAUAAUUGGAGAUUGUGUUCCUGCUGUAUCUCCUUCCCCUACCCCAAUAAUUAAUUGUUUACAACAAUUUAAUAGUCCAGCUGGAGGUGGUACCGUCCAUUGCGAAAGAUGUGUUGAUGGCAAGGAAGUGGUAGGAAACACAACAUAUGCUUCUGUAGCUGUGUGCAAAAAUAAUUGCUUAUUUGGAGGAGCCGCUGCUGGCUGUUUAAUAGCUGAUGCAGGCAAAAUGAUGGAAGAUGAAACAAUAGACACAAUUAUUACAGUUGAUUUUGCAGCUUUAGCAUCAGGCAACUGCAAAUGA